AUGGAAUACCAACAGCAGGACCCGAGGGGGGUCAUAGGAGAACACCAGCAGAUCUCCUCCACCUCGUCCGCCCACAGAGUGCCUCUGCCCCUGCACUUCCUCAUCCGGCCGGGCAUAAUCAACCACACGGCCUCGGGCACGGUCAACAUCCCCGGGCCCAUUGUGCCGCUCAUCGCCGUCGACCAGCUCCCGGACUGGGUGGACAUCCUCGGCGUCCCCCGCGAGCUGACCGUGGAACAGACGACCAACCUCAUCAAUCUCGGCCCCGUGCAUAAGAACCUCGAGGCCUAUGAGGUGUACAUCCACCAGCAGUCGCUCACCCCCAUGGUUGCGAGCAACAAUUCGACUCCGAGACAGAAACACCGUCGUCAUGAGGACGUGGACGACUCACUCCCUCAUGACGACUCGCCCGCCCUUCCGCCGUCGUCCACGAGUGAGACACCGACUACUGUAUCGAGAUCUCGCAUGGACCCCGCGGCGAAGUCGUUCACCAGCAUCCGCAGCCUGAACGGCAAACGCACGGCAAAUGGCGACGGUCCCAAAGACGGCAUCGCCAAGGGCCACAGCAAGACCACCAGCAGCAGCACCGAUUCCAGCACCAAAACUUCCAACAGCAGCACCAACAGCAGCCACAACGCCAACAAGAACCACGACGACACUGCCGACACCGGAGACGACCCUCCGCUUAUGGGACUGCACCAGCGGCCGCCCAGCCCGCCCGUCCGGGACAGCUCACCACCCAGCAACCCGUACCCGGCCGUCCACACGGCCGAGCGCAUGCUCCAAGCCUUCAGCAACAACGCCACCAACAACACCAACAGCAGCUCCAGCCCAUCCUCGCCACGCCCAGCGCACGCCAGCAGCAGCUCGCUGAACCGGCCCAACAACAACAAUCAAAGUCACAACCACACCACCACCCCCACGACGACGACGUCGUCCUCAAGCCUAGUGCUGCUCAACAACGGAGGCCAGGUGCCGCCCUUCUCGCGCCGCAGCCACGCCUUCGGCACGUCGAGCGUCUUCUGCCGCCACUGGUGCCACCACGGCAAGUGCAAGUGGGCGUCCGAGUGCCACUACCGGCACGAGAUGCCGCACACGGCGCGCGAGCUGCGCGAGGUCGGGCUGGCCGACUUCCCGGGCUGGUACAAGGAGGCCAUGCGGUUCGUCGAGGAGUACAGCAGUGGUAACACUAUCAUCAACGGCAACGGCAACGGCAACGGCAAUGGCAAUGGGAGUAGUUUGCAGCAGCAGCAACAGCAGCAGCUUCAGGGGAUGAAUAACGUCACUAGCCACAGCAACAAUAAUGCAACGGCGGCGGCGGCUGCCGCUGCUGCUGCCGCUAUGGCUAUGGGAAUCCAUCCGCUGCACAUGAACAUGAACAUGAACAUGCCGGGCAUGCCCAUGGGCGGCAUGGGCAUGGGCUUGUACCACCCGCACCCGCACCACCCCCUGGGCAUAGGCGGCAUGCCCAACAUGCCAUUCGCGUACGGCCCGACAGCGGCGGCGAUGCUCCCUUCUCCUCCCGCCCCCCGCGACAUCAACACCAACCCCAGCUUCCACCACAACGAUGGCAGCAGCAACAAAAACAAAUACGGGCAACACCAACAGCCCUACCACCGGGACCGAGACCUCGACAGCCCCAACUCCUUCCACGCCCUGCGCCCGGAGGACUACCACCCGCGCGGCGGCGACCAGCACGCGCAAUACCAGCAGCAGCGGCAGUACAAGAUCCGCAAGGGCGAACCUCUUGGAGCGGGAGCGGGAGCAGGGGCCGGAAAGGAGACAACAGGCACCAGGAUGGCAAUAGGGACCCCCUAUUCGCAACACCACAAGAAGCAGCGGCUGGUAGUGUGCCGCGGCAGCAGCGACAGCGGACACAGCAGCAGCACGGCGACGUCGGGGGAGUCCCGGCAGCAACACCACUCACACCAAAACCAACACCAGCAGAGAAGAAAUGGCGGGAAAUCGCAGCCCCGACGCCACGACCCGGACAUCUUCGAGCAGGAGCUCGCGGAGGAAGCGGCAGCCGACGAGCAGGCGCGGAAGCGGGAGGAGGCCGAGGCUGCCCAGCUGAAGGAGGAGCAGGAGAACAAGGAGAGGAUGUCGAAGCAGAAGCUUGUUAAUGUCUGA